GGUUUUGGGGAGGUGAUGGGUGGUCCUUGUCCACCUUAAAAGAUGGUGAUCCGGAGGGCUGCAGGUACCUUCACCGCUCACCUGUUCAGCUUCCAGUUGUCAGCUCUCUGCUACAAGCUUCAGAAUGUCGAAACCAAGAGACUACAGCAGCCAGUCCUACACCCCCGGCACUGCGGGACCGGUGAAGAGCUCCCCGACCAACAACAGAGUGGACUCGUCGGGCAAAUCCAGGGAGAAGGACGACAUGGUUGGACUUAAUGACAAGUUCGUCAGGUUGAUUGACAAGGUGAAAAACCUGGAGGAUGAGAACAAAAAGCUCGACACAAAGCUGAAGAUCCUCAAGGAGCAGGAGGACUACGAUGGGAAAAUCGACGAGAUCGUCAGGCAGAUGGAGAACGAGCUGGAGAGGCAGAUCGAGAACUUGCUCCGCGACCAGCAGAAACUGCAGGCCGAGCUGCUCAAGAAGCAGGACGAGGUGGAGGAAACCAAGAAGAGCUAUGAAGACGAGCUUCAGAGGAAAGCUGACCUGGAGAAUGAGUUUAUUGUCACCAAAAAGGAUGCAGAUGAAGGUCACUUGGCGACAGUAGAUCAGGUUCUGGAACUGGAGGACCUGAUGGGAAAACUUGACUUCCUAAGGCUUGGCUAUGAUGAGGAGAUCAAGGAGCUGGAGUCCCAAGUCCAGAACGAGACAGUAAUCUUGCGCGACAACAGCCAGCGGUCUCUGGACAUGGACGAGAUUGUCGACAGUGUCAAGAGACAGUAUGCCAACAUGGCCUCCCGUACCAGGGAGGAAGCCGAGCAAUGGAACCAGAAAAAGAUGGAUGCCAUGGUGCUAAAUGUAGGACAGCGCGAGAUGGAAGUGCGUGAUUUAAAGAGGGACAUCUCAGACAUGGUGCGCUUCAUCCAGAGGCUCAAUGGGGACCUGGAAGCUCUCCGAAGGAAGGAAGAGUCCCUGAAGAAGGAAAUCAAUGAUCUGAGGACAGAAGGUGACGGAAACCUGGAUAAGGCCCGGGAGGACAUCGUCCAGCUGGAGGAGGCUCUGAGGCGUGCCAAGCAGGAUUUAGCCGGACAGAUCCGCGAACACCAAGAGCUGAUGAACCUCAAGCUGGCCCUGGACAUCGAGAUCGCCACCUACCGCAAGCUGCUGGAGGGCGAGGAACAGAGAAUGAACGUCCUCAUGCGCAACUCAGAUUUCUAAAAACAAACCAACCAAUCCAAGUCCUUGCUUGCACGCAGACGUUCACCCUCCAGAGAAGCCACGAGCCCCAGAACCCACCAUCGUCCCGGCCACCACCUAUAUCCCGACAGACGCCGUUAUCCUGCCAGCGUACGGCUCCUCCAAGAAACGCCUGCUGAUCCGGGUGGAAGUGGAGGCAGGAAGAGUUGUGUCCGAAAGUUCCCAUUACACUGAAGAAUGACCGGCACUGUCCAUCACUCCUCUGUCUACAGCAUUACAGUAUAUCCACAAAAUGUGAAUUUAAAAUAUUAAAAUUAAGUUAAAUUAAAUUAAACAUUCCUAAGUAUAAUUAUGACAGUGACUUUCAACGCAAUAAUCCUUCGUUUGUGUGCUCUCUGGUAAAGUGAACAGUCUAACAAUAGCAUCUUGGCAGGUUUAACGUUUUUUCCUAGAAUCCAUUCUUGAAGUUGGAGACAUCUUGUUUAUGUCAAGCAGUGUUUUUAAGAAGGUUUUCUUGUCUGUGUUUGCAUUUGCAAAGACUUGUGGUGUUCCUGGUUACGCUCAAUGUAUUUUUUCGGCUUUCUUGCAGCUGUUUGUCUCAAACCUCUGACAGCUAAGUUUUCUUAAUGAAGUGACCCAUAAAAUGAGGAUCAAGCAGGUGGUUAAAGGAGUGGUUCUGGUUUUGUGUUCUGGUGGUCCACAUCUUGUUAAUAUCAGGAGGGACAUACACAAAGUUGUUUCCUAGAAUCACGAGAGGUCACGUUAAGGGCGGGCAUACUUGGAUCUGGCACAAAAUGGCUUUUCAUAAUACAAAACCACCCACAAAUACACUCUUUUUUUGUCUGUUUCAGUGGUGCUGAUGGAAAUGUUUUCUGCAAGCCUUGAAUGCUAUACAUUUUAUCAACUUUGGAACUGUUCUCUCUCCUAUCUGCACCUUAUAUGUCAAUAUGUCAAAGCAAUCACACGGAAAUCAAUACAAUACAGUGUUUACUGUUAAGGUGACAAGUAUUUGCAAUGGAAUACAAUCAAUAAAUAAAGCAACAUAAACAAUG